AUGGCACGACACGAUUUGAAUCGGACUCCGUACACGGAGUAUGGGUUCCCGCUUACCAUGGCCGCUGUCCCCACAAUUCAGACAUCUUCCGACUUGUCCUCAUUGUUCGCUGACGGCAAUGCUGAGAUGGCCCAAGGCGAUCUGGUGAACGAAGCACCUCGACCUCCGUCUCCCGUCUGUGCAGACCAGAAUGGACGCCCAAUACGGACAAAUUGUGGUGUCCUACCGAGUCGAUAUGUCGAUUACCUUCCGGAGGGUGCUACUCCCUUCCUCGACGAGCCGCCCCUCCCAAGCUCCCCAGUUCCGGAUAACCAUGGAUUACCACCUACACCAGACCCUUGGCUCCGGCGAGUCCGCACCAAACCUCGUUCCAGCGGCAAGACAUUUCCCUUCACCACCAUGUCCUCCAUUGCCACUCCCUCAUCACCUCUUUCCCAGGCUUCAUUCAGCAUUACCUCCAGCGUUCCCAAGCGUUCACUUCCUGACGUCGAACUCACUACCACUGGGCGGAAUAAGAAGUCCAAAAGUGACCCCAUCAACCGAAUUGCGGGGCACUUCAUUCGAACUGUUGACAUGUUCCGCAACCCGUCCUCCGUGAUUCUCAAAGGCUCUAUCCGUGAAUCUGAGGGAGGAGAUGACUCUGAGUAUACCUACGAGGAGAACCGAUUCUGGCAUGCCUGGCAAGAGCUAACCCAGAUGGUCCCCUCAAUUGACAUCAUUAUUCAAGACCGGAAGCAGAUGAUGGAUCUUGGGAAAAAGAUCAAGGCAGCAGCUGGGACCGCCAAAUCAAAUGACAGUCAUCACAUCUCAAAGGCAAUUCCUGUCUGGUGGAGGAAGCUUCACCCAGACUCUGCGCCAAUUCCUGACGACAAAGUCAAACGUGGGUUCAAGAAUCCAGUUACCAGCCGUCUUCUUUGCCCUGCCGUUCUGGACUGGGAUGAUCCCAACAUUCAGUCUGCUUUGCGUAACCGCAUUGCGACAAUCCCUGGGCCUGAUGGACCUGAAGCAGUCAGCGGCGCGAACUGGCCCAACUUCCUGUAUGAUGGGCCAUAUGACCCGAAGACGCCAUGGGUGGGAUUACUUCGCAGUCAUCUCCUCGUAAUGGCGUACAUGCACGUUUUCGUUGCCCCAUCGUCUGUGGCCACCCACGAUGCUGAGGACUCUUCCUCACAGAGCACUCGUUCUGGCAACGCUCACAACAAUGGCAUGACUUCUGUCAAUGCAGCGUCACUCGCAUACGUUGCUGCUCAGGUCUACUUUGCCCUCUCAGACGAGGGUGCCUUUCACAAGAGCAACAAGAAACUUGAUGCAGUAACUUUCUACGAGUCAUUGGUGAUGUACCUAGAAGACCCCGACAACGAGAAGGACAACAAAGAGCUUUUUGACCAUUGGAACCGCCUGAUCUUCCCAGAGUCCAUUACCCCCGUCGCCCGUGGUAAGAAUACUUCAAAUGCCCAGAUCAAGGCAGCCCGUCUCGCUCUUCAGCGUGAAGCGGACGGUUUCUAA